GUUUAUAUUUUGCUAAUUAAUUACUCUUUACAUAACAUUCUUGAGAUUUAUUUAAUUCUUUGUGACUUUGCAACUUUAUUAACAUAUAUGGUUUGACGUAAUCUUUCAUAAACGACUCUUCUUCUUUCUCCAUUUUCUCUCGUCUAUCUACAUAUAAAUCUUCCAAAGAAGAUCACGAUCACACAAUAUUUCUAUUGUUGUACAUUACUAUAUAAACAUAGGAUACAUAGAUGAAGUGAGCUCUAGAAAUGAAAUCCAUGGUCUCUUCUCCUAAACGAAGCAAGAGAAUGGUGAGAGUAGCGAUCAAAGUCAGACCAAUCUACGAACCCUGGAGUGCACACUAGGUGCUCGACGAAAUGUCCCAGUGAGACUUCACUUCUAAAAAUAAAAAGUGAAAUUAUUAUUUCCCCAAUGAAGAAGAUCACGUGCCAUGCACCUGACCGUUUCUUUAUCUCUUCCUUCUGGCUCAAUCUCUCAUGAAAGACAAAGAAACCACCACCAUUUUCUCGAGAAAAUUCUGACUCCCUUGGAUACGAUGAUGAUGAAGAGUACAGACGAAAGUGAAACAAAAUGGAAGAUCGACGAUGCAGCCGAACUUGCUAGAGACUUCUGGCUCGAACGUGACGGCAUUUCGGCUUUGAAAUUAACAGAGAAAACGAUUUCUGAUCAUGGGAAUCACGAAAAGUGCUCUAGUCACCACGAACUGCAAGGUGAUAUCUUCUAUGCCCAAGCGAAGAAAACAGAUGACACCGACCUCAAAUGCUUAUACUUGUUUGCUUCUGUCGAUGCGUAUUCAAUGGCUACUCUUCUGUCUCCUAACGCUUUGACUUUGAGGUCCUUUCGUGGCUAUGCUCGUUCGCUAAUCAAGUUGGGUGAUCAGCUUCGGAUAAACAAGUUUUAUGAGAAAGCUGUGUCCAAAGCAAAGCUGGGAAUGUCCAUAACGUCACCUCAAGGAAAGUCUACGGAUGGUGGCUAUUUUACCAAGAUAAAGACAGAACUUCAGAAUUGGAUAGAUCUUGCAACAACGAAGAUGCAGGCGACUGUGGCUGUUUCUGAUAUAGGUACUAUGGAUAAUCAGAAAGAACCUGGGGAAGAAGAUACUUCUUUUGAUAGAUUGAAGAAGAUUUGGGUUAAAUUGGAUGACAAGACCAAAAUAAACUUUUUGGUAGUAGACUUUGAAAAGCUUAUAGGCUAUAUACAAGAUAAGCAUGGGACGGAAGUAAAAGAGCACUUUCAGAAAUGUAUACCCAUCGCCAAUAAUCUUCGAUGGAGAUGUUGGAAGUGCCACAUUUGUUCUCAGGUUAACUACUGUUUUACGGAUUGCAAGAUGCACAUCUUAGAUAAUCAUGUGCACAACUCUGAACCUGACUUUAGUGCUCGUCCUAAGUGUGUGGAUGAGAUUUUGGCUGACAUGAUAUGCUGUGGGGAUUGGAAGCCUGUGGAUACAGCGGAGGCAGAAAAUCUUAUCAAGGAUAGAGCUAAGCGCGGGGAAGAGUUUGUUUAUGUUAAUGGGUGGUGUAGUGAUUGGCCUGAAGCGAAAGAUCGCGAGCGGGAAAACGUACUCAAACAGUUUGCCGAGGUUCUAAAAUCUUCUUGUGCCAAGGAGAAUUGUACUCUUUCAUGUACCCUUUGGGACUGGUUGAGAGAUUACACAGAAGAGAAUCUGGAACUACCUGGAGUUCCUGGGAUCUAUCUUGAUCAAUGUUGCUUCUUUAAGAACCCUCAAUGCAUCUGCUUCUUAGAUCUUAAGCACCUUGAACACAUCCUCAAGUAUUUUAGACAGCUCACCACAGAUGUUCGCGCGAGUUUAGUUCCAAAAGUAGUGAAUCAGUUUUGGGAAAAUUCCCAGGUCAAGGAAAGAAUCGACCUUGAGGGAGUAGCUACUUAUAAUCUGCUUCUGGACAAGAGACUGCUGUAUGAAGAAGAGCUUGAAUCGGAUAAGAUAGGGACAGUAGAGCAUUAUAAAUCUACAGGGAUUUUUGAGGAUGUAAUGCCUAAGGGUGAUAAAAUCGUCUCUUGGAUUCUUGACUGCCCAGAAAUCGAUCGGGAAUUUGUGUCUCAAAUGGCAAACGGCGUACACAAUAGUAAGCUAUGGUUAGCAGCUUUGAGAAUAGUACGGUGUGUGAUUAGGAAAAAGGAAAGCUACUAUGAUAAGAGACGGAAGAUGCUAACCUAUGAGAAGAUGUUGGGUGAGGCUGAGACGAUUUGUGACAGAGAAGACACUAGGAAGAAUGUUAAUCAGCGGAGCACAUAUGAGUCUGCACUUCGAAUGAAAUGUGAGGAUCUUGUAGGUAAGCAAGAUGAUGAUACAAAAUGUUUCUUGAGUGUUGUAAGAGAUGUUUUUGAAAGACAAAGCUCUCCGAGCUUUGAAGUAUUCGAAGAUAAGAAGUGUAUAUCCGAACUCUCUUCUACUGUCCCGAAUGAUGAUGUGAAAAAAAGUCUGUUAACGCUAAGGAAAUCACUGAAAGAGAAGUUCCCUUUGAUUGAUUCAAAGAUUUUGCAGAACAAAUCUACGUACGAAAAGCUAAUAGAUGUAUUCCCGAAGCUAUCAGCAGUUGAGUAUCGCUUGGUGGUCCUUCCAUUCGUGAAGAAGUUCUUACAGGAUAAACUGAAGAAAAUGAUGAAAACAAACAGCAGUUCAGUUGCUGCAGGAGAUUCUGCUGAACGGAAACCUAAGAAGAGACAUCUUUGAAAUCUGUUGUUGUUUUGCUGUUGUUUUUUGAGUUAAAGUGAGUUGACUAUCUGAUGCAGGGAUUUUUUUUUGGAGGAUCAUUCUUGCAGAUGGAGACAAACUUUUUGAGUAUUAGUUGUCUAGAAACAGUCUUUUAUGUUCUCGGAAAAUCUUUUGGAUCCGAGAGAAACAUGGUGUGAGAAUUUGUAGUUUGUUUUAGGAUCAGAUGCAUAUAUGUUUGUGUGUCUGGAGAGAUUGAGAAAAACUGGGACAUAGAUACAAUGGAAAGCUCUUGUUGAUAU